GAAGAAGCGGUGAUUUAUUCAUCUUUUUCGAGGUAAUACAGAAUCAGUUUAUUAACUCGAUGAAAACAGAGGGAAAGUAAAUAGAAAGAAAGACAAAAGGUGGAGAUUUUGAGACGAUGGGUGGAGCUGAUGUUUAGCAGAAGACUGUGGUUGGCUCUCAUACCCUCCCGUCACAGUUUGAGCUGUCCAAUAAAAUGUUGUAUCAUGAGGACGCGCAAUCGGAUUGGACGCGAACUCUGUGGGAAAUCAGCAUAGAUCAGUGAAUAAAUACCUCUCCACGUCCACAGAGCACCACAACUUUGAAAUUAUUCUCAGACCGCAGUCAUGCCUGAGCCCGCGAAAUCAGCUCCUAAGAAAGGAUCCAAGAAAGCCGUCGUGAAGAGCGCCAGUAAGGAAGGGAAGAAGCGCAGGAAAUCCAGGAAGGAGAGUUACGCCAUCUACGUGUACAAAGUGCUGAAGCAGGUUCAUCCCGACACCGGCAUUUCUUCGAAGGCGAUGGGCAUCAUGAACUCUUUCGUCAACGACAUCUUUGAGCGCAUCGGCGGCGAGGCGUCGCGUCUCGCGCACUACAACAAGCGCUCCACCAUCACAUCCAGAGAGAUUCAGACCGCCGUGCGUCUCCUGCUGCCCGGUGAACUCGCCAAACACGCCGUGUCUGAGGGGACCAAAGCCGUCACCAAAUACACCAGCAGCAAAUAAAUCCUCAUCUGAUCUUCUGUUGAUCUACACAAAGGCCCUUUUAAGGGCCGCCCACUCUCUCCAUUUAAGAGCUUCCGGUAUCUGCUAAAGCGAAAUGUCCUAGUCGGACAAGAAUAAAAUGUCAUAAAUAUACAAAUGUUGGUGUGUUUUAAAGCAGCUGUUUCUUUAAAUGUUGAACUUCGAGAUAUCUUCAGCUCUGCGUUUGUGUCUGAUCACUAAUGCACGACACUUUGAGUUUAAUGUGCGUAAAUCUAUGAAUGAGUUCGACUUGCCUUGAUUUUUGUGAGCAUUGAUUGUGCUUUCUUUGCAUUUAUUGUAAUUGUAUAUUACAGUUUAAAAAAUACAAAAGUUUGCAAAUAGUGAUUAAUUUCGAAAAAGAAAAGCACCACAUAUAAAGGGAAACAACUUACAAUAUUUAAAAUCACUAUCAGUGAUGUUUAUUUGCAUUUAAUCAUUUAUCAAAGCCACUUGGAGAGUUCAGGGAGCAAUGAAGCGAUCUGUCAUACAGGAGCAAUAUUGAAUGAGCAUCUAUUGUAAAGUCACUAGUUUCAACAAAAACCAGAACAAUACCUGUAGAGAGAAAGAGAGGUUCGUUUUUCUCUCAUUUGUCGGUCAUGUAUACACUGAAGAGAUGGGUUUUAAGUAGUUUAUAUCUACUUAAACCUAUAUUUACUGUUUAUAUAUUGUAUUCAGUUAUAUUUAUAAAUAAAUUGUGCACAUUA